AUGGAUCUAACAACGCUAUUUCACAAUCUUCGCGAAGAAGUGUCUUGUUCAGUGUGCUCGGACUUAUUUACGGAUCCUAAACAUCUCUCCUGCCUUCACAGUUUCUGCUUAAAGUGUCUAAAAAGAUGGUACGAAACGUGCGGCGGUGGAGAGGCCAUUAAAUGUCCAAAGUGCCAAACCCUAAGCAGAAUACCAGCAAGCGGUGAUCUAAAAGAUCUUCCAACCAGCUUUUAUUUGAACGGCUUAAUCGAUGUUCUUGCUAUUAAAGAAUGCAAGAAGACUCAAGUGACAUGCGGAAACUGCGACAAGAAGAGCUCAGAAGCUUCGUAUUGUUUCCAGUGUUGCAUAUUUUAUUGCGAGCAAUGCCUGGUUGGUCACAAUAUGAUGCGAGACAAAAAGGAACACCGCGUAUUGGCAGUGAAAGAGUUCCAAGACAAGGACUACGAGGAUGUAUUGAAGCGACCAGUGUUUUGUUCAAAGGAACGACACCAGAAAGAAGAGCUUAAAUACUACUGCAAAGAAUGCGAGACGGCUCUUUGCCAAACUUGCGUCACUUUGAAUCACGGAGGUCAUGAUUUGAGAUUAAUCGAAGAAGAAGCCGAAAACAAAACACUCGAAAUAAAAUCUAUCCUUCAAUCGCAGAGAGAAGGGUUAGAUGCAAAACUAAACGUGAUUGUUCAACUAGACGAAGACUGUGCUAAAGUGAUUCAACAAAGUGAAAUCGCCAGGAGAGAUGUCCAAAGGUUUGCUGAUGGCUUGAUCAAAACAAUUCAAGCAAAAAUGAAAAAUAUUAUUACCGUUGUGGAAAAACAAAAGAGGAAGUCACUCGAAAUUUUAAAAGCAAAAAGAAGUGCGAUUCAGCAACAGGUAAAUGCCACCGAAUCAUCACUGGAAGAAGCUGAUAAACUUUUUAAACGAAGCACCACCGCGGAAGUUGUUCAACUUAAAAAAUCACUACGGACAAUUUUUCAUGGACUUAAUGAAACCGAGCCUAUUGUUUAUGACCCCGGUAAACUGCAAACUUUUGUUUUCGUAGAAAAUCACAAUAUACUUGAUGUCGUCAACGGCGAAGAACUUGGUUUCUCGGAGGAAGUUAAUCGAACAAAACCAAGGGAAUCACUGGCUGAAGGCGAAGGACUGAAAGAAGGAAUUGUAGCGCGUAAAGCUCAAUUCAAUUUGAUCACAAGAAACGCAGAGAGAAAGCAGUGGUAUGAUGAAGGGGACCGUGUCACGGUAGAGAUCAAGGACGAACAAGAACGAGAAUGCGUGACCCAAGUGAAAAUAAAUGAUAACAAAAAUGGAAUCUACAAAAUGACUUAUUUUCCCAUAGUUCAGGGGACAUUCACAUUAUUAGUUAAGGUAAACGGGGAACAUAUUUCUUGUAGUCCUUUUACUGUGAUUUUAAAACCAUUUCAAGUCAAAGCUGUUUUAUCUUUUGGAAUGGAAGGCUCGGGUGAAGGAAUGCUUACGUUUCCCUAUGGGGUGGCUGUAAGUGAUGGGGACGAGAUAGUAGUAACUGACAACUUAAACCAUCGGGUUCAAAUGUUUCACAGUAAUGGUACUUUCUUAAGAUCCUUUGGUCACGGAGGUAAAAAUGUUGGAGAGUUCAACCGCCCUUUUGGAAUAGUCAUUAAUAAGGACAGGAAUAUUUUUGUAGCAGACAAAAACAACCACAGAAUACAGAUCUUUAGUUGGGAGGGGAGGCACCUGGGUUCAUUUGGCAGCGAAGGAAGCCUUGAUAGUCAGCUCUCUUAUCCUUGGGGUUUAUCCUUAGAUAGUACUGGUAAUGUUAUUGUUGCCGAUGCAGGUAACAAACUGAUAAAGAUCUUUAACCCGGAUGGUAGGUUUAUAAUGAAGAUAGGUGGACAGGGUUCUUUUAGUUUUCCUAUUCACUGUGUUCAGUGUGGUGAAUAUUUCAUUGUGUCAGACUCAAGUGAACACUGUAUCAAAGUAUUUAACAGGGAGGGGCAUUUUCAGUACAAGUUUGGUGAGGAGGGGGAGGGGGACGGGGAUUUUAAUUGUCCACGUUUUCUGUCAGUGACUCAGUCAAAGCACCUGUUGGUUUGUGAUGAGGGUGGUCAUAGAAUACAAGUCUUUGAACUAGACGGGAAGUUUGUAGGAAAAUUUGGAACAAAUGGCAGCAAAUUAGGAGAAUUCAAUUGUCCAUUCUCAGUAGCUGUUCUCAGUAAUAAGCAAAUUGUUGUGUGCGAGUGCGGCAAUCACCGAAUUCAGAUAUUUCAAUAAAAAUUGUCCCUUUUUUCCGGAGGAAACUACAUAGUAAGCAAAUCCCUCUUUGAUUAAUAAAUGCAUUUGUCAGCUGUACAGCAGUGCUUUUAUGUUAUUGUAGGCAAGUGAAGCCACAUUUAGACCCUGUUUACAUGGAGUGGAGGACCCCGGUCUAGUGGGGUUGGUUUCUUUUGUUUUUACGCUCUGGAGGACACAAAACAAAUGAAACCUGCCCCACUAGACCGAGGUGCCCCACUCCAUGUAAACAGGGUCUUAGUCCGAGGUGAAACCGUGUGGUCUUAAAUCAAGUUAUGUACAUAACGUAUUUGUUAAAGGAAUGAGUUAACUUGAAUAUUAUUUUAAUAAAGUUUUGUAUUCGAUAAACGACUUCUUUAAUUCUUACUAAUAUUCAUUCUCAACCAAGUUACAGAAAGGUGGCAGUAGUAGGCUGUUUUUAAACAGAAAUACGUUAUUGCUGAAUAUCUAUUCAAUAUUCUAUUAUAUUCAAUAGGCAUGCUUUAGUGGAAGGACAUGUAAAAUUCAUCUGACGACCGAAAAGUGAGAGGAGGGAUUUGAAUUCAGCUUUUGGCGGGGAGUUGAAUCACUGAAACAAUGGAAUACUAAUUAAUAUGGGCAGAUCAUCAUUUGCAUUUGCAAAUCAAUUAAAAAGUGAAAAAUUCAGCGAAAACCUUACAGAUUCCAGAAUAGAUUCUCAGCCUAUUGGAGGAGCCGAUUACUCCUGCCUAUUGAAAAGACCAAAAAAGAAUUAAUCGGAUAGAAGUUACCCAAAUACGGAGUUUUUCAACCAAGAAAACACCGAAAACAAUACAUUUCGAAAUAUUAAGACUGCUUAGCAAGUGAAGAAUGAGUCAUAUAAACAGUUCUUACCAGUAUGCAUUUACGUAAAAUUUCCAGUGCCCUUCAUGUCGCUUUGGAAUCACUCUCCUUUAGCAACGUACGGUUAUCAACUGUGGAAAUAGCCAAGCUUAAUCAACAACGUACAACAACGACAGUGACGGCGACGAGAACGUUCUUUAUAAAAAAAAAGGGCAAUUCGCCACUUGCACAUCUCCCAUAAUACACCUUGCUUGCCCCCCAAAAGUUUGCAUAAACUUUGAUUUUUUUUCUCCAGGGUAUUAAAGCCGUUCUAAGAGAAAUUGAAAACAAUGCUUAUGCAAUUUUGGGGGGCAAAUAAGGUGCAUUUUGGGAGAUGUGCACGUGGCGAAAAGGUUAAGAUUAGCAACACAACAACUCUGCACAUGCACCAUGCUAUUUUGAAAAUUUAUUUGCCAUCUUUGCACGACUACGACGUGAAAAUGCCUAAUUAAAAUUUCACGUUUAUUGGAGGACGUUAACAAAUGACACCAAUUUUCUUUUUCUUUACCUGUACUUUGAUACAAUCCUUUAGGAUUUAUUAAAUUCCUGCCAGAAAAAUUCGCCAAAAAUUUGACAAAGUGAAUGACAUGGAAUAACGGCGAAGAAGUUUGCAACACCGUGAAUUCAAGUUUUUGUUGCCGCUUUAACAUCGACGACGGCGACGGCAGCGAAAACGUCACUUUUAAAAUUGAAUUCACUUUUUUUAAACUUUGCCGCGUUUAUUCCAAUUCGUUGAAAACGUCAAAUUUAAGCGAAUUUCCCUACAGUUGAUUUCUUGGGGACCGCACUCAAGUUUGGAAAGAGAUAGAGAAAUAGGCCAGUUUACAGUUGUGUGCUUAGUGUCCUAGCCUUUGAGUGAACGUGAGGCUGAGGUUGACCUUGUUUUGAUAAAAACCUCGAUCCUUUUCUAAUGUAACUUUUGCUUAAAAAAUAUUAGUUAGCAUAAGAAAGACAUGAUUUACAUAAUAAAGCAGGAAGGGCUGUAUCAAAACAAGGUCAACUCCAGCCUCGGUUUCACCUGCAACUGUAAAAUGGGCUAUUCAUCGUCGCUUGUUUGUGUCCUUUACAAAGCGUGAAAAUAGGCAUUUUCAUGUCGUAGUCGUGAUGCACGUGUAAAGUUGUUGUUUUGCCAAACUAAACCUAUUGCAUUUUUGCCGUUCUCACUGCCGUCGCUGUCGUCGUUGCUGAAGCUCUUUAAUGUCUUGUGCAGACGCGUUUUUCUGGCUGUCGCAUUUGAUCGAUAGAGUUGUUUAUUGUUUUUAACCAUAAAAUGAGACGUCUACACAAUUUUGUUGCAAACGAGUCCUUGCACCCUCACGAUGUAUUUGCAUAACUCCGGGGCAUAACUAUAAUUGAUCAACCUGAAGAUUUAGCAGUCAUUUAUCAAUCAAUUCAAUCAAAAUGGAAAAACAUUAUUUGGCAAUACUAUAGAAAUGAAAUACUCAAGGUACCAAGUUUUUGAAGCUGUUAAAAGCAUUCGAUGCAGCACGUGUUUGAAACAUUGCAUCGCCUUUUAUAAUUAAAACGGAUUUCUCGCGCGCUGAUUGGUCGAGAGCUAAAAGGCGAUGAAAGUACAGACCAUGGAAAAGAUAUGAUGAUGUUGCAAUGUACUUCCCACUCUCUUGCCCGCGCAAAUCCCGGAGAAACUUUAACAAAAAUAGACGUUAAAAACUGUCAAUGUUACUGCGGCUCGUGGUUCCCACUGAGGUUUUAAAAAAUGGACCUCAAUUUUCUAUGUUCCGUGGAGCGUUUUCACUCCCGUGACCAACAUCUAUGCGUGUUUAUUGGAAAAAAAGAAGCGUUUACUUAAGACAAUUCUUCAAGUUAUAAAGGACUGUCAAAGUUACUGCACACCCAAAACCCAAGCACGCAAGCGACGAGCGGUGAAGCGAUAAACGAGGGCGUGAGCCCUUUAUUGUAACGUAACGUUGUGGUUUGCAAUCGCGCCGGCUGAGCUAAGAAGGGGACGGAUUUUUAAUAAGAGAAAAAGUCUAACGCCAACAUGGCCACCAUGACGUCAUGUGAAAACGCUUGCAAGAGAGAGAACCCUGAGAACGAGGUUACUCUUUCCUCAUUAGUAAAAUUAGUAAUCAAUGAUAGAAGACGUCAAAAUGUUCAAAACUAAUCACGCGGAACAACAAGUUGCCGUCGAAUGGUUCGACUGCAAAGUCUUGAACAUUUUGUGGUCUGUUAUAUAGUAAUAAAAGACCUCAUAAAAAGUCCGGCGAAAAAGCUAGGGAAGUCCCAUGCAAGAGACAAAAAAUUGCGUCAUCCCCCUCCCUCCCCUUAGAAACGAGAAGCGAACUGGAGCCGAAAUGCGUCGCGCAAUCGUUUCUGGGAUCGUUACUGGUGACGUGUCGGUCAGCUAUUGGCCAAUUUGUUUCCCCUUUCUCUCGUAAGUUAUUCGGCCCAGUUUCCUUCCUUCUAAAAGGGGCGAAUGACAGUUCAGGUUUGGAAUUUUGUAAGUUCUUUUUUUCUUAUUUUGUGAGAUCGUUUCUUCUCUGUACAUGUUCGGUCGUGGAAACAAAGACCAUGGAAGGGAACAGACUUCAAACUAACAACAUCAUUUAUUGAAUUUCAACUAUAUUCUAUGCAAUAUUUGGUGGUGUAUAACCCUUGAAGCCCUAAUAGAAUCUAAAAAUCGUCGUUGCGAAUCCUCCCGUGUAACGUCACCUUUAAACAAGUACUUCUGGGUAGAUUAAUUAGCAACAUGUACAGGUUUGGCUGUCACAUCUACUCGAUUGAGUCGUUUAUUGAUUUUUUUAAAAGCUUAAAACAAUGAAAAAAUUCCAAUGGAUAAAUGCGACAAAUAUAGGAUCCUGUUUGCCAAGAAAUCCAUGCACCCUUACAAGACCAACCUUUACAUGUCGGAAGAUUUGGUCGUCCUUUUUCAAUCAACACAAUCAAAAAGGGAAAAAUACUUGAAUUGGCAAAACCAUAGAAAUGAAAUACUCCAGGUAUCGAGUCAGUUUGACUGAGCUUUUCAAAACACUUACAGCACCACGUGUUUUAAACGUUACAGAGUCUUAAUUACUGAGCGAUAUUUUCGUGCGCUAAUUUGUCGAGAGCUAUAAUAAAGAGGGCACUUUGUGAUGAUUAACAUAGACCUCGUACAAGUCAUUAUAGUCUGCCUGUUUCUGAGCAUACCGAAUUAAAAGUCUGUAAAAGCGAUGGCUUGCCAGCGAAAUUUAAACCUAAUACUUUAACACAAUGAUAUUUUCCUUUAUGGCAAGACGUCUAUUUAGUGCACAAGAUAACGUGACUAUCUUUUCUUUCUCAACAAAGAAGUUGUACUCAGUUGUGCGAGUCUACGUCCUUCAUUGAAAAGCAAUUUUACCAGGGGCCUUUUUUAUAUUUCCCCACUCCAGGGGGUCACCUUUGCUCCGCCCAUUUUACAAUCCCCCUGGUUGACCGGUAGUCCUACCCAAAGGGGAAGCCGAUAAAGUGGAAUUAUGUGUAUGGAGCCUUACUCACCCAACACAUGCAUCCAGCAAUAUUUUCGUUGCUAGCUUUAAGUUAUUUCUUGUAUCAACUCUGCUUCAAACUUAGAAUAGACACUUUUCCCCUCAAUAAGAUUUAAUACUAGGGCCAAAGACUUUUGCCCGGUACCACCUUAAAAGGCUUGUGAAUUACACGACCCUAGGGGUAAACACUACAGAGUGUCAUUACACAACCUCUUACCGGCACGGGUAUAGUAUUCCUAAAGCUUAAUAUACUGAGCUUAGCCAAAAAAGAAUUACGCUUAAGAUAAGCACAUUGCAAGAGAAAGAAUGGAUGUUCAACGAAACGAAUUGAUAUCCCCACCGUGGGGCGUAAAGGGGGGUCACGGUAGUUACAACAUCCUGCUGCUGGCUUAUGCUGUGUUGUUAUUUGCCUCACGUGAUAAGCACUACAAGAUUUGUAACAGAAACAAUUAUGCUGUAUAGCCGGUCCUGUUAGGGACCUUUGACACUAUCAUGAUAUAUUAUAAACUUGUAUAAAUUUUGCCAAAAUUUUGUCUGCGGAAAACAUGAAAAACUUACUUAUUUUAAACCUGGUUUAAACCCUUGAGGGGAAGGGUGGGGGAUUGGUACGUGCAAUAUAAUUCUUUCACGGACAUUUGCUGAGACUGUGUCCGGGGGGUUACUCCAUUAUAUUACCCAUAUAGGUAUGUGCCGCCCCAAAGGGUAUGGUGUUUUAGUCGUUUUGGUCUUAAAACGAGAGUAGAACGAGUACAGUAACCCCUCCCCUCAAAAAAAAUAGAAUAGAGAGACGGGGCGGCAGUACACAGGCUAACAGAUGUUUCGCUUUUAUCUACGCCGCACUCGUACUUGAUUUAGCAUCCUUCAUAGUUAUGGCUUUCACGCAUUCUUGCUUCACAAAGGAUUUAGUCCUCAUCUUGUUAUUGAUCAUUUUACGUCUGGUUUAGUAUUAAAAUAAUUUGCAUUUAAAAUGGCAAACUAAAGCUGGCGCGACAAGGACUCUUACAACAUUGGUCGUGAUUGGACCGUCGGCCUUUGUUUCCGAGAAAAGCUAAAGAUAGUAAGUCACAAGACUUCAUUGUUGGGUGUGGAGUGCAUCGAAGGUCAGCUCGCCUUUGUUCCUAAAGCCACCAUGGAUCUAACAACGCUAUUUCACAAUCUUCGAGAAGAAGUGUCUUGUUCAGUGUGCUCGGACUUAUUUACGGAUCCUAAACAUCUCUCCUGUCUGCACAGUUUCUGCUUAAAGUGUCUGAAUCGAUGGUACGAAACGUGCGGCGGCGGACAGGCCAUUAAAUGCCCGAAGUGUCAAACCCUAAGCAGAGUACCUGCAAGCGGUGAUCUAAAAGAUUUUCCGACAAGCUUUUAUUUGAACGGCUUGAUCGAUGUUCUAGCUAUAAAAGAAUGCAAAAGCACUCAAGUUACAUGUGGAAACUGCGACAAGAAGAGUUCAGAAGCUUCGUAUUGUUUCCAGUGUUGCAUAUUUUAUUGCGAGCAAUGCCUGGUUGGUCACAAUAUGAUGCAAGACAGAAAGGAACACCGCGUAUUGGCAGUGAAAGAGUUCCAAGACAAGGACUACGAGGAUGUAUUGAAGCGACCAGUGUUUUGUUCAAAGGAACGACACCAGAAAGAAGAACUCAAAUACUACUGCAAAGAAUGCGAGACGGCUCUUUGCCAAACUUGCGUCACUUUGAAUCACGGAGGUCAUGAUUUGAGAUUAAUCGAAGAAGAAGCCGAAAACAAAACACUCGAAAUAAAAUCUAUCCUUCAAUCGCAGAGAGAAGAGUUAGAUGCAAAACUAAACGUAAUCGUUCAACUAGACGAAGACUGUGCUAAAGGGAUUCAACAAAGUGAAAUCGCCAGGAGAGAUGUCCAAAGGUUUGCUGAUGCCUUGAUCAAAACAAUUCAAGCAAAAAUGCAAAAUAUUAUUACCGCUGUGGAAAACCAAACGAAGAAGUCACUCGAAAGUUUAAAAGCAAAAAGAAGUGCGAUUCAGCAACAGAUAAAUGCCGCCGAAUCAUCACUGAUUAAAGCUGACAAACUUCUAAAACGAAGUACCACCGCGGAAGUUGUUCAACUUAAAAAAUCACUACAAACAAUCUUUCAUGGACUGAAUCAAACCGAGCCUCUUGUUUAUGACCCCAGUAGUUUAAAAACGUUUGGUUUCGUGGAAAAUCAGAAGAUGCUUGAUGUCGUCAACGAGGAAGACAUUGGAUUCUUGAAAGAACCUUCUCAAACAAAAGCAAGUGAAUCACUGGCUGAAGGUGAUGGACUGAAAGAAGGAAUUGUAGCGCGUAAAGCUCGAUUCAAUUUGAUCACAAGAAGCGCAGGGAGAAAGCAGUGGUAUGAUGAGAGGGACCGUGUCACGGUAGAGAUCAAGAACGAACAAGAACGAGAAUGCGUGACCCAAGUGAAAAUAGAUGAUAACAAAAAUGGAAUCUACAAAAUCACUUAUUUUCCUAUAGUUCAGAGGACAUUCAAAUUAUUAGUUAAGGUAAACGGGAAACAUAUUUCUUGUAGUCCUUUUACUGUGAUUUUAAAACCAUUUCAAGUCAAACCUGUUUUAUCUUUUGGAAACAAAGGCUCGGGUGAAGGAAUGUUUAAGUUUCCUUAUGGGGUGGCAGUGAAUGAUGGGGACGAAAUAGUAGUAGCUGACUAUGCGAACCAUCGGGUUCAAGUGUUUGACAGUAACGGUACUUUCUUAAGAUCCUUUGGUCGUAGAGGUCAAAAUGCUGGAGAGUUCAACUGCCCUAUUGGAAUAGCCAUUGAUAAGGAUAGACAAAUUUUCGUAGCAGACCUUCAUAACCACAGAAUACAGAUCUUUAGCUGGGAGGGGAGGCACCUGGGUUCAUUUGGUGGCAAAGGAAGCCUUGAUAGUCAGCUCUCUGCCCCUGGGGGUUUAUCCUUAGAUAGUACUGGUAAUGUUAUCGUUGCUGAUGCAGGUGACAAACUGAUUAAGAUCUUUACCCCGGAUGGUAGGUUGGUAAUGAAGAUAGGUGAGCAGGGUUCCUUAAAUGGUCCUGUUCACUGUGUUGAGUGUGGUGAAUAUUUCAUAGUGUCAGACAGAGAUGAACACUGUAUCAAAGUAUUUAACAUGGAGGGGCAUUUUCAGUACAAGUUUGGUAAGAAGGGGGAGGGGGAUGGGGAGUUUAAUUAUCCACGUUUUCUGUCGGUGACUCAGUCAAAGCACCUGUUGGUUUGUGAUCAAGGUAAUCGUAGAAUACAAGUCUUUGAACUAGAUGGGAAGUUUGUCGGAAAAUUUGGAACAAAUAGCAGCAAAUUAGGAGAAUUUAAUGAUCCAUUCUCAACAGCUGUACAAAGUAAUGGUCAAAUUGUUGUGUGCGACAAAAGCAAUCAUCGAGUUCAGAUAUUUCAAUAAAAUUGUCCUUUUUUCCAGAGGAAACUAUAUAUAGUAAACAAAUCCCUCUUUGAUUAACAUAUGUAUUUGUCAGCUGUACAGCAGUGCUUUUAUGUUAUUGUAGGCAAGUGAAGCCACAUUUAGUCGAGGUGAAACCGUGUGGUCUUAAACCAAGUCAUGUACAUAACUUAUUUGUUAAAGGAAUAAGUUAACUUGAAUAUUCUUUUAAUAAAGUUCUGUAUUCGAUAAACGAUUUCUUUUUUAAUUCUUACUAAUAUUCAUUCUCAACCAAGUUGCAGAAAGGUGGCAGUGGUAGGCUUUUUUUAAACAGAAAUACGUUAUUGCUAAAUAUCUAUUUGUGCUUCAAAAACUUAUAAUUAUUCAAUAGACAUACUCUCGUGGAAGGACAUGUAAAAUUCAUCAGAUGACCGAAAAGUGAGGGGAAGGGUUUGAAUUCAGCCUUUGGGGAGUUGAAUGACUGAAACAAUGGAAUGCUAAUUAGGAUCGACCGGUCAUCAUUUGCAUUUGCAAAUCAAUUAAAAAGUGAAAAAUUUAGCGAAAACCUUACAGAUUCCAGAACAGAUUUUCAACCUAUUGAAAAGACCAGAAAAGAGUCUGAUAGAAGUUACUCAAAUACGGAGUUUUUUAACCAAAAAAACACCGAAAACAAUACAUUUCGAAAUAUUAAGACUGCUUAGUAAGUGAAGAAUGAGUCAUAUAAACAGUUCUUACCAGUAUGCAAUUCCGUAAAAUCUCCAGUGCCUCUCAUAUCAUGUCGCUUUGGAAUCACUCUCCUUUAGCAACGUACGGUUAUCAACUGUGGAAAUAGCCGAGCUUAAAUCAACAACAACAACGGCGAGGGCAAAGAGAACGUUUUUUAAAAAAGCAAUUCGCCACAUGCACAUCUCCCAUAAUACACCUUGUUUACCCCCCACAAUUUGCAUAACCUUUGAUUUUCAUUUCCCCUGGGUAUGAAAGCCGUCCCAAGAGAAAUUGAAAACAAUGAUUAGGCAAAAUUUUGGGGGGCAAACAAGGUGCAUUUUGGGAGAUGUGCAUGUGGCGAAUAGGUUAAGAUUAGCAACACAACAACUCUGCACGUGCACAACGCUAUUUUGUAAAUUUCUUUGCCGUCUUUGCAAGACUACGACGUAAAAAUGCCUAAUUAAAAUCUCACGUUUAUUGGAGGACGUAAACAAUGCCCCAAUUUUCUGUUUCUUUACCUGUACUUAAUUUGAUACAAUCCUUUAGGAUUUAUUAAAUUCCUGCCAGAAAAAUUCGCCAAAAAUUUGACAAAGUGAAUGACAUGGAAUAACGGCGAUGAAGUUUGUAACACCGUGAAUUCACGUCUUUGUUGCCACUUUAGCAUCGAUGACGGCGACGGCAACAAAAACGUCACUUUUAAAAUGAAUUCACGUUUUUUAAAACUUUGCCGCGUUUAUUCCAGUUCGUUGAAAAUGGCAAAUUUAAGCGAAUUUUCCUGCAGUUUAUUUCUUGGGGACCGCACUCAAGUUUAGAAAGAGAUAGAGAAAUUCAUCGUCGCCUGUUUGUGUCCUUUAUAAAGACUGAAAAUAGGCAUUUUCAUGUCGUAGUCUUGCAGUGACCAAAACGAAAUUUAAUGUACAAAAACGCGUGAUGCUUGUGUAAAGUUGUUGUUUUGCCAAUCUAAAGCUAUUGCAUUUUUGCCGUUCUCGCUGUCGUCGUUGCUGAAGUUCUUUAAUGUCUUUGCAGACAUGUACGCGUUUUUAUGGCUGUCGCAUUUGCUCGAUAGAGUUGUUUAUUGUUUUUAACCUAAAAAACAAUGAAAAAUUCCAACAGGUAAAUUGAGACUUCUACACGAUUUUGUUGCAAACGAGUCCUUGCCCCCUCACGAUGUAUUUGCAUAACUCCAGGGCAUAAGUUUUCUUGACCAACCUUUAAAGUUCGGCAGAUUUAGUAGUCAUUUAUCAAUCAAUACAAUCAAACUGAAAAAACAUUAUCUGCCAAUACUAUAGAAAUGAAAUACUCAAGGUACCAAGUUUUUGAAGCCGUUCAAAGCAUUCGUUGCCGCACGUGUUUGAAACAUUGCAUCGCCUUUUUCAUUAAAGCGGAUUUUUCGCGCGCUAAUUGGUCGAGAGCUAAAAGUCGAUGAAAGUACAGACCAUGGAAAAGAUGUGAUGAUGUUGCAAUUUAUUUCCCACUCCCUUGCCCGUGCAAAUCCUGGAGAGACUUUAACAGAAAUGGACGUCAAGAACUGUCAAUGUUACUGCGGCUCGCGGUUCCUACUGGGGUUUCAAAAAAUGGACCACAAUUUUCUAUGGUCUGUGGAGCGUUUUCAUUCUCGUGACCAGCAUCUAUGCAAAUUUAUUGGAAAAAAAGAAGCGUUUACAUAAGACAAUUGUUCAAGUCAUAAUGGACUGUCAAAGUUACUGCACACACAAAACCCAAGUACGCGAGCGGCGAGCGGAGAAGCGAUAAACGAGGGCGUGCGCUUUUUAUUGUACCGUAAACUUUGUGGUUUGAAAUCGCACUGGCUGAGCUAACAAGUGGACGGAUUUUUAAUAAGAGAAAAAGUCCAACACCAACAUGGCCGCCAUGACGUCAUGUGAGAACCCUUGCAAGAAAGAGAACCCUGGGACCGAGGUUGUAUACUCAAGCUGAGAGAACCCUUGGAACGAGGUUACUCUUUCCUCAUUAGUAAAAUUAGUAUAUCAAUGAUAGAUGACGUCAAAAUGUUCAAAACUAACGCGGAACAUAGUUAUUAGAGGAGACUGGUUAUGAAAAGCGGCAAACAUCAAUAUUAAAACAACAGUGCUGCAGUUUAUGUUGAAAGCACCAUGAAAGUGCACAAUCCUUUGUUUUCUGUUGGCAAAUUGUUACGGAAUAAAUUAAUGCAACGUUUUUAUUGGUCAAUGCAAUCAAAAUGAUAGGAAUUCUUUUGAACGUUGUGCACUUUCAGGUCCACAAAAACAUAUAACAAAGGAGUCUGACGGGUUUCAUAACCAUUCCACUCAAUUAACUAUGCGCGGAACAACGAGUUGCAGUCGAAUGGUUCGACUGCAAAGUCUUGAACAUUUUGUGGUCUAUUAUAUGGUAUAGACCAUGGGAAAGUGAGUCAGACCUGUAUGGAAUAAUAACAACGUAAUAUUUCAAAGACCUCAUAAAAAGUACGGCGAAAAAUCUAGGGAAGUCCCAUGCAAAAGAAAAAAAAUUGCGUCAUUUUGAUUGUCCUCUCAGGCAGUAACUCCCUACAUAUCUGUAAAAAAGACGUAGAAGAUGAAAUACACUUUUUAACUCUGUGCCCUGCGUAUCAAGAAAAAAGAAGUACUUUAUUUGAAUACUUAAACAAAGAAUACAGAAUAUCAGUAAACAGAAUGGCACCAGAUGAUGUUUUUAUGUUAAUAAACCUUCCGAGCAAGAACAAACCAGUGCAAAAGUUAAUUGCAAAAUACGUAUUCGACUGCUAUGAGAGAAGAAGAUCAUUAGUUCUUUAGGUUAACAUUGAUUAUAGUUCCACUAGUGUGCAAUAUGUGUUAUGAUUUUAAAUUAUUUGGAUAAAUUCGAUGUACAUAGGACUGUAUAAGACUCCAAAUAAAGCAUUGUCUUGUCUUGUCUUGUCUAUCACCUCCCGUCCCCCCACCCCCUUUGAAACGAGAAGGGAACUGGAGCCGAAAUGUGUCGUGCAAUCGUUUCUGGGAUCGUGACUGGUGACGUGCCGGUCAGCUAUUGGCCAAUUUUUUCUCUCUUUCUCUCGUAAUUAUUCGGCCCGGUUUCCUCCCUUCUAAAGCGGCGAAUGACACUUCAGGUUUGGAAUUUUGUGACUUCUUUUAUUCUUAUUUUGUGAGAUCGUUUCUUCCCUUUUCGGUCGUAGAGACAAAGAGCACGGAAGGAUACAGACUUCAAACUAACAACAACAUUUAUUGAGUUUCAACUAUAUUCUAUGCAAUAUUUGGUGGUGUAUAACCCUUGAAGCCCUAAUAGAGUCUACCAUCUUAUUUUUCGUUAGAAUUUUCAUGCCUAAUCACCUCUAAAGGUGAGGUUAAGCCAGUACCAGGCGUUCAGAUAGUAGAGCGCGGGGGAAACAUUCACGAAGAAAAAAACAAUGAAAGCCCCCUCCGUUUUCCCGAUGUUCAAUUUAACUCGCUUCCCACUGACCGCCGCGCUCUACUAUCUGAACGCCUAGAACAGGCUAGGUGAGGUUACACGAGACGAUUCACAACGACGAUUUUUAGCGCAACACAGCGUUACAACAUUUUUACGAAGUUUCAACAUUGCAACGCUGUGUUGGUCUAAAAAUCUUCGUUGCGAAUCGUACCGUGUACCAUCACCUUAAAGGUCAUGAGAAAUAGAAAAUAUCAACAAAGAAAUUCUCCUCAUUGGUAUCAGAAUGGAGAGAAGUGCGGAGAAUAUGGAUACUGAUAUAAGGGCUUUUAGGGUUUCUUUACCAUUCUACUUGUGCUUAGCACUUACAUUCUAUUCCUCAAUACUUUAGUUGUAGAAAAUUUUUAAUCAUCCAAGUUAAAUGAAAGUGUGGGCAUCUAUUAUUUACUUUUAAAACAUUCUGAAUUACUAUUUACUACUUCUUCGUGCAACAAGGAAAUAAAUUUUCUUUAAAAGCUAAAAAUUAGCCCGUAUAGUUCAUAACGAGUACAUCUAUUUGAAAUUACAUUUGGGACUGUUGCACUCACGGAAUCAAGCAUGUUCUUUUUCAUUUCCAAAAAGGCAGGCAACCUUUUUAAUUUGAGUGAGGAAAUUCUAUCCUUAUUCAUACAUUGCAGUUGACAUAAUUUACACACCACAAUCUAAUAAAGCUUUUACAACUGUAUGAGGCUAGCAAUUGCUGGUUUGCAAUUGUGACGUCAUGGCGGCCAUGUUGUGGUCAAGAACAAUAGCGUUGCUAUCCGCUUCGAAAUUUUUUUUUUUAUUGUAUUAACCACCAACAUGGCAAACUAAGAAUUGUUUUAAAGAACUUUUUGUGUCAGAAACACUCGUUUAUUCACGAGGAUACUUUGAGAUGACUAACAUAAGCCAAAAGCCUGCAUUUCUGAACAUGCCUGGUUUGAAGUCUAUGAAAGCGAUGCUUGACAGUAAAAUUUAAACCCAAUACUUGCUUUCUCUUCUCUUCGUGAUAAGGUGUCUAUUCAGUACAUAAGAAAACGCGACAAAGAGCCUAGAAAUAAUAUUAAAUAAUUCUUAUAAUUCAUUACGAAAAAAAGGAACUCAGCGAACAAGUCGCAAAUGUUGGUGAAGUUAGCUUUUCUACUCUUUUGAUUUGCACGUGCCCUCGCCACAAACGAAACUAAAUUUCUAGCUGCGAACCAGGACUGGAAAACACCCAUGAUUAGCCUUUUAAAAAAUUCAUUGUUUAACUGACCAAUCAGGUUGUAAGGAAAUCCAAAUCCAAUUCGUUGUCCCUUGAGAAAACAGACCAUGGAGUAACGAGCACACUUUGUGAUGAUCAACAUAGAAUUCAUGCAACUCAACACAGCCUGAAAUUCUGAGGAUACCGAAAUAAAAGUCUAUAAAAGCGAUGGCUCGCCAGCGAAAUUCAAACCUACUGCUUUAACGCAGUGAUGUUUCCUUGAUGGCAAGACGUCUAUUUUGUGCACGAGUAAACGUGACUCUCAUUUAUUUCACAACAAAGAGUUUGUACUCAGUUGUGUUAGUCUACGUCCUUGGCUGAAAUUAAAGCACUUUGACUAGGGGCCUUUUUUUAUAUUCCCCCACCCCAGUUGGUCAUCUUUGCUCCGCCCAUUUUACAAUUCCCCUGGUUUACCGGUGAUCCUACCCAAAGGGGAAGCUAAUGACAUGGGGGUAAGUGGAAUUAUGUGUAUGGAGCCUCACUCACCCUAAACAACGGCAUCCAGCACUAUUUUCCUUGCUUAGAGUUGUUUCUCGUGUCAACUAUGCUUCAAGCUUAGACAAGAGAGCUUUAUUCUCUCUUGGCUUAGAAUAUAGAUUUUUACCCUCAAUAAGAUUUAACAUUACGGUCAAUUACCUAGGUCAAGUACCAGCUCAAGAGGCUUCUAAAUUUCACGACCCUCAAUAUAGGCUGGAAAGUCUUUUAGUGGCAUUCACCCAACCUCUUACCGGCACGAGUAUAAUAUUCCUAAAGCUUAAUAUACUGAGCUUAGCCAAAAAAGAAUUAUGCUAAAGAUAAGCACAUUGCAAGAGAAAGAAUAGAUGUCAACUAAACAAAUUGAUAUCCCCACCGACAAAAAUAAAUGGGACGUAAAGGGGGGUCAGGGUAGUAACAACAUCCUGCUGCUGGCUUAUGCUGUGUUGUUAUCAGUGCCUAACGUGAUAAGCCCUACAAGAUUUGUAACAGAAACAAUUAUGCUGUAUAGCCGGCCCUGUUAGGGACCUUUAACACUAUUAUAAUAUAUUAUAAACUUGUAUAAAUUUGGCCAAAAUUUUGUCGGAAAACGUGAACAACUUACUAAUUUUAAACCUAGUUUAAACCCUUAAGGGGAAGCGUGGGGGAUUGGUCCAUGGGUUAACUAUAUAACAUGGCAAUAUUAUUCUUUCACGGACAUUUGUUUAGACUCUGUCAAGGGGGGUUACUCCAUUAUAUUACCCACAUAGGUAUGUGCCGCCCUAAAGUGUUUGAGGCCGUUUCGGCCUUAAAACGGGUAUAGAACGGGUACAGUAACCCCCCUCCCCUCAAACAAAAUAGAGGACAGAGACGGAGCAACACUGACACAUGCUCACGCUCUUGAUUUAAUAUCCUUCAUAGUCGUGGCUUUGACGCAUUCUUGCUUCCGAAAGGAUUUAAUCUUCAUCUUGUUAUUGACUUUACGUCUGCAUUUAAAAUAACAAACUAAAGCUGGCGCGACAAGGACUCUUACAACAGCGAUCGUGAUUGGCUCGUCGUCUUUUGUUUCCGGGAAAAGCUAAAGAUAGAAAGUCACAAGACUUCAUUGUUGGGUGUGGAGUGCAUCGAAGGUCAUUUUGCCUUUCUUCCUGAAGCCAUGAUGGAUCUUACAACGCUGUUUUACAAUCUUCGUGAAGAAGUGUCUUGCUCGGUGUGUUCGGACUUAUUUACGGAUCCUAAACAUCUCUCCUGUCUGCACAGUUUCUGCUUAAAGUGCCUGAAUCGAUGGCACGAAACGUGCGGCGGCGGAGAGGCCAUUAAAUGCCCGAAGUGCCAAACCCUAAGCAGAGUACCUGCGAGCGGUGAUCUGAAAGAUCUUCCAACAAGCUUUUAUUUGAACGGCUUAAUCGAUGUUCUUGCUAUUAAAGAAUGCAAAAAGACUCAAGUAACAUGCGGAAAUUGCGAGAAGAAGUGCUCGGAAGCUUCGUAUUGUUUCCAGUGUUGCAGAUUUUAUUGCGAGCAUUGCUUAAUAUGUCAUAAUAGUAUGCGGGACAAAAAAGAUCACCGCGUAUUGGCUUUAAAAGAAUUCCAAAGCAAGGACUACGAGGAUGUGUUGAAGCGACCGGUGUUUUGCUCAAAAGAAGGACACCAGAAAGAGGAGCUGAAAUACUACUGCAAAGAAUGCGAGACGACUCUUUGCCAAACUUGCGUCACUCUGGAUCAUGGAGGUCAUGUUUUGAGAUUAAUCGACGAAGAAGCUAAAAACAAAGCACUCGAAAUAAAAUCCAUCCUUCAAACGCAAAGAGAAGGAUUAGAUGCGAAACUGAAAGUAAUUGCUCAACUAGACGAGGACUGUGCUAAGCUGAUUCAACAAAGUGAAAUCGCCAGGAGAGAUGUCCAAAGGUUUGCUGAUGGCUUGAUCAAAACAAUUCAAGCAAAAAUGCAAAAUAUUAUUACCGCUGUGAAAAACCAAACGAAGAAGUCACUCGAAAGUUUAAAAGUAAAAAGAAGUGCGAUUCAGCAACAGAUAAAUGCCACCGAAUCAUCACUGAAGGAAGCUGAUAAACUUUUAAAACGAAGUACCAACGCGGAAGUUCUUCAUCUUAAAAAAUCAUUACAGACAAUCUUUCAUGGAUUUAAUGAAACCGAGCCUAUUGUUCAUGACCCCAGUAGUCUAAAAACGUUUGGUUUCGUAAAAAAUCAGAAGAUGCUUGAUGUCGUCAACGGCGAAGAACUUGGUUUCUUGGAAGAAGGUAAUCGAACAAAACCAAGCGAAUAUCUGGCUGAAGGUGAAGGACUGAAAGAAGGAACUGUAGCGCGUAAAGCUCAAUUCAAUUUGAUCACAAGAAACGAGGAGAGAAAACAGUGUUAUGAUGAGAGAGACCGUGCCACGAUAGAGAUUAAGGACGAACAAGAACGAGAAUGCGUGACGGAAGUGCAAAUAAAUAAUAACGAAAACGGAAUCUACAAAGUCACUUAUUAUCCCAGAGUUCACGGGACAUCUAAAUUAUUAGUUAAGGUAAACGGGAUUCAUAUUUCUUGUAGUCCUUUUACUGUGAUUUUAAAACCAUUUCAAGUCAAACCCGUUUUAUCUUUUGGAAAGAAAGGCUCGGGUGACGGAAUGUUUAUGUAUCCUGUGGGGGUGGCAGUGAGUGAUAGGGACGAAAUAGUAGUAGCUGAUCAAGGCAACCAUCGGGUUCAAGUGUUUGGCAGUCAUGGUACUUUCUUAAGAUCCUUUGGUCACACAGGUAAGAAUGCUGGAGAGUUCAGUUACCCGUAUGGAAUAGCCAUUAAUAAAGACAGGAAUAUUUUUGUAGCAGGCAGUAAUAACCGCAGAAUACAGAUCUUUAGCUUGGAGGGGAGGCACCUGAGUUCAUUUGGCGGCAGGGUAGGAAGCCUUGAUAGUCAGCUCUUUGCCCCUGGGGGUUUAUCCUUAGAUAGUACUGGUAAUGUUAUUGUUGCUGAUACAGUUGACAAACUGAUUAAGAUUUUUACCCCGGAUGGUAGGUUUGUAAUGAAGAUAGGUGGACAGGGUUCUUUUAGUUUUCCUGCUCACUGUGUUCAGUGUGGUGAAUAUUUCAUAGUGUCAGACUCCUCUGAACACUGUAUCAAAGUAUUUAACAGGGAGGGUCAUUUUCAGUACAAGUUUGGUAAGCAGGGGGAAAGGGACGGGGAGUUUAAUAAUCCACGUUUUCUGUCAGUGACUCAGUCAAAGCAUCUGUUGGUUUGUGAUCAAGGUAAUCGUAGAAUACAAGUCUUUGAACUAGAUGGGAAGUUUGUCGGAAAAUUUGGAACAAAUGGCAGCAAAUUAGGACAAUUCAAGGAACCAUUCUCAGUAGCUGUUCUAAGUAAUGAUCAAAUUGUGGUGUGCGACAAAACUAAUAAUCGAAUUCAAAUAUUUCAAUAA